UUAAUAGACAAGAAGAGAGACCAUCCACACUACAGAAUUAUAGCAGUUCAACACCACUUUAACUGCCAAUGAUACAUCCUAUAGAAUCUUAGUAUUUGUAGUUUAUCGUGGCAUCAGAGCUCUCUGACAGAGAAAGGUAAAUAUCUCACAAAACUACACAUCACAGAAUCCCAUAGUAUUGACCUAUGGCAGUUAAUGCAGUGUCGAACUGCUACAAUUCUGCAGUGUGGAUACACCCCGAGUAAUUCUGAUUCGCUCAGUGAAUUAUUAUAUUCCAUCAACUAACCUAUGUAUUAUCAGUCAAGUGAGUAUAGUAAGUUCUGCUCCAUCAAUGUAAACAAAUUAAUUACAAUAACAUUGAUUUAAUACUGUUUGUAUUGUGUGAUCAAAUGAGUUACCUUUACAUCUCUUAUAAUCUGAGGUUAUUUUAAUUCAUUCUUAAACAUCUAUAUGCCCAGUUGUUCCAUGCUGCCAUUGGACUGGACUGCUCCAAAGUGCUCAACCUUAAUGAUUCGGCCUCUUUCCUUUCAAGGUCCAGCCACCUUCAUGAAUGUCUCAGGUGUUACAGAAUUUACCUUAUUGGGUCUACCUGGCUCCCGCCCCAUCCAGAUCCUUCUCUUUAUCCUGGCUUCAGGUUGCUACAUCGCAAGCCUGCUGGGCAACUUGCUUAUUGUGAUAACGGUGUGUGCAGAUACACGGCUCCAGCAGUCUCCCAUGUACUUUUUCCUGGCCAACUUAUCCUUCAUUGAUACCGUCUUGGCCUCUGUGGCUACUCCCAAGAUGGUGGCAGACCUCAUACAUCAUGGUAGGACCAUCCCUUUUGCAGGAUGCAUGACUCAACUCUUCUUCAUCCACUUCCUGGGGGGUUCAGAGAUGCUCCUCCUCACCCUCAUGGCUUAUGAUCGCUACAUAGCCAUCUGCCACCCGCUUACUUAUACUACCACCAUGAACCGUUCGCGUUGUGUCAGGCUCCUCAUCUCCUGUUGGGUAGGAGGCCUGGUCCACUCAGCCACCCAGCUGGUCCUGAUUGUACGACUUCCUUUUUGUGGGCCGAACAAGUUGGACAACUUCUUCUGUGAUGUGCAACAGGUAGUCCAACUUGCUUGUGUUGAUACUUACGUCACUGAAAUACUAAUGGUGGCCAACAGCGGGCUGCUCUCCUUGGUCUGCUUCGUUGUCUUGUUGGUCUCCUACGGCAUCAUCCUAGCCACCUUAAAAGAUCAUUUUAAGGAGAGCGGAAGGAAAGCCCUGUCCACUUGCAGUUCUCACCUGACUGUGGUCAGCCUCAUUUUUGUGCCUUGUCUCUUAGUUUACCUUGUGCCCAUGCCCAGUUCCAGUGUGGAAAAAAUAGCUUCCACAUUCUACACAGUUGUCACUCCUGCCCUCAAUCCUAUUGUAUACACCCUAAGGAAUCGGGAAAUGAAAGAGGCCAUGGGACGAUUGAAGAAUAGGUGCCUUUUUCACCUUCUAGUGUGCAAAGAGAAAAUGUUUGAAUCCUGUAUCUAUUACUGAUCCCUCCUGGCUCUCUUUCAUAUUAAACAAUUAUUGCUAUUUAAUACCAUUUUAACUGCCAUUGGUUUGUUAUGUGAUGUCAGAAUAUACAAGAACUGCAGGUUCGGGAGCCCAGCGUGUCUAGCUUCCCAGAAGGUCAAAUGAGACACAGAUAGGUUGAAGGCAAAAUCAAAGGUUUAUUUUCAAUGG